AUGGAGCUGCGGUCGGAGCUGCCCAGCGUGCCGGCCGCGCCGCCGCCGGUGCCGGUGCCGCCCAGCUCGGUGGCAGCGGCGGCGGCGGCGGCGGCGGCCACGCUGCCGGUGAGCGUGGCCGGGAGCCUGCUGCGGGCUCCGCCGCUGCUGCUGCGGGCGGCCGAGAAGUACCCGCGGACGCCCAAGUGCGCGCGGUGCCGCAACCACGGCGUGGUGUCGGCGCUCAAGGGCCACAAGCGCUACUGCCGCUGGAAGGACUGCAUGUGCGCCAAGUGCACCCUCAUCGCCGAGCGCCAGCGCGUCAUGGCGGCGCAGGUGGCGCUGCGCCGCCAGCAGGCGCAGGAGGAGAGCGAGGCCCGCGAGCUGCAGCUGCUCUACGGCACCGCCGAGGGGCUGGCGCUGGCGGCCGCCAACGGCAUCAUCCCGCCGCGGCCCGCCUACGAGGUCUUCGGCUCCGUGUGCGCCGCGGCCGGCGGCGAGGGAGGCGCCGGCGCCUCAGGUAAGGCGGCGGCGCGGGCGGCGGCGGCGCGGAGCGCGGCGGCGGACGCCAAGAUGCAGAAGUUGGAGCUGUUCCCCAAGACGCUGCUGCCCGGGCGCGCCGUGACCCCGCAGCAGGCCGGCGGGAAGCCGCUGUCGCCGGACGGCGAGUCCGUGCCCGGCACCUCCUCCCCGGACGCUCGCCACGGCUCCGGCUCGGAGAACGGGGACGGCGAGUCCUUCCUGAGCUCGCCUGUGUCCAAGGGCGCCAAGGAAGGGGAGGAGAGCCCGGGCUCCAUCAGCCCGCUGGGCUCGGACUCGGGCUCGGAGGCCGACAAGGACGAGCAGGACCCGUCGCCGGCGGGCGGCGGCCGGCAGCGGACUCCCAUCGACAUCCUGACGCGCGUCUUCCCGGCGCACAAGCGCAGCGUGCUGGAGCUGGUGCUGCAGGGCUGCGGCGGGGACGUGGUGCAGGCCAUCGAGCAGAUCCUCAACAACCGCGGCCCGGACAAGGGCCCCGAGGAAGGCUGGGCUCGGGACGGCGCCCUGCCAGGCCUCCCGCCCAGCCCCGCCGCCGCCCACCACCGGCCCUUGAUAGCCGGCGCCAUGGCCCCCGCCAUCGGCGCCUUGGGCAGCCGCUCGGCCUUCUCGCCCCUGCAGCCCAACGCCACGCACUUCGGGGCCGAGGCCAGCGCCUACCCGCUGGGCACCCACUUAGGACUCAACCCGCUGCGCCUCGCCUACUCGGCGCACAGCCGCGGACUGGCCUUCAUGACCCCCUACUCCACGGCCGGGCUCAUGCCCACGCUGGGCUUCCGGCCGCCCGUGGACUACGCCUUCAGCGACCUCAUGCGUGACCGCUCCACCGUACACAAGGAGCAGGUCUACUCCAACGGCCUCUAUGGGCCCAUGGUCAACAACACCCCCGAGAAGCAAUAG